GGGCCGGGGGCCAGCCAGCCCCGGGGCUCAGACAGCCACAUCACAGCUCCCUGACCCAUCUAUUUGCUUCCCAGGGGCCAGCUUGGAGGGAAAGAUGGACAGAAUCUCGGGGGGGUAUGACGCAGCCACUGGCCAGUGGCCGUGGCAGAUCAGCAUACGGACAUUCGAUCCGAAACUUCAGCUGUGGCAACACAAAUGUGGGGGAUCCCUGAUCCACCCCCAAUGGGUGCUGACUGCAGCCCACUGCACCUCCCCGGGGGAGGCCUACAGGAUCCAGGCCGGGCAGCUGCGACUCUACCACCAUGACCAUCUGGUGAAGGUGAAGCUGGUCGUCCCUCACCCCAAGUUCACCAGGAGCUGGUCGGCCGAGGCAGGGGCGGACAUCGCGCUGAUGAAGCUGCAAGUGCCGCUCAGGCUGUCCGCGUCCAUCAACGUUGUGUCCCUCCCGAAUGCCGGCCUCAGGGUCAAGCCACGCACUCUGUGCUGGGUAACCGGAUGGGGCUUCACCAAAGACGGACCCUUGGACCACCCCUACCGUCUGCAGGAGGCGGCUGUCCCGGUGGUGGAUAAAGUGGUCUGUGAAUGGCACUACCAGGACUUGUUUCCAAAUAUCACCCAGCCCCUCAUCAAGAAGGACAUGGUGUGUGCUGGGAACAAGGACCAAGACGCCUGUCAGGGUGACUCUGGGGGCCCCCUGGUGUGCUAUCUGACCGGCAACUGGGUGCAGGUGGGGAUUGUGAGCUGGGGCAACAUCUGCGGCCAGCUCUCUGUACCCGGAGUGUACACCAAAGUGGCCAGCUACGUGUCCUGGAUCCACCAGUUCCUGUAGGUGCACCUUAGAGGCGGAGCAGGGACCACCCGCUGCUUCUCACCCACCUUCUCCUCUGUCCCCUGGCAGUGCU